AUGUUUCGCAAAAAGAAGCCAACAGCAGUGGCCACUGGCCGUAAAGCAGAACAACUAAUAGUUUCUGGUCGAACAGAAGCUGUUGCUUCAUCUGCUCAACAGCGUAUCUACAUGCAUGAAAAUAUUUAUUUUAGUGGUUCCGAUUUUUCUAUCUAUAAUACUCUGGUUCCAUUGCAGAUCAAACGGGGUUCAGUGUCAAUAGAACAUAUUCGUUUAUCAUUAGUCUCAGUAAUUCAGCAGCAUACAGUUCUUCGCACUGCCGUUCGUUUCGAUCCAAUACGUAAUCGAAUUGAGCAAAACAUUCAACCAGUCACCGACGAUAUCUAUUCGUUUCAACAUUCUCGAGGUGUUUCCACAUUGGAACAACUUGAUUGUCUACUGACGAACGAAUCAACUGCAAACUAUUUUGAUGUUAAGAACGGAAAAGUUUUACGAUGUCAUGUAGUGCAACGACUUGCUGAGGGUCAUGCUGAUUCACUACACGAAGAUGAUCUUAUUAUUUUCGUGAUUCACCAUAUCGCAUUUGAUCUCAGCUCAUAUAAACCAUUUCUAAAAGCAUUUGAAUUAGCAUGCUGGGGGAAUGAAUAUCAAGAAUCAGUGUUAACAAUUCCACAAUACAUUGACUUUGCACUGUACGAACAGGCACUGCUAGCCGACAGAAGCCCGGAGUCAAAAAUGAACAAAGCUCGUCGGUUUUGGGCUAAUCUUAUGCAUGGAUACGACUGGGAUAGAAUACGACUUUUGGUGCCCGAUGAAAGUCAAACUGAUCGACAUCAUUCUGGCCGUGGUUAUUCAACUGCAUUUACUAUCAAUCAAGAUGUUGUCAACGCAAUGAUGUUGUUUUCUUCAACCAAGAACGUAACAAUGUUUUCAUUGUCUCUUGCCUGUUACUAUACAUUCUUAUUUAAACUAACUAAUCAUAAUGAUGACUUGUGUGUAGUAAGCAGCGCAGCUAAUCGAUCUGAGAAAGAGUUACAAGAUAUGAUCGGUAUGUUUGUCAAUCUUCUAUUAUACAGAAUUAAAAUUGAACCAAAUAAUACAUUUGAACAUCUUGUGCAACAAGUACAACAACUAAGCAAUGAAAUUCUCGUGCAUGCUUCUUUACCUUAUCAACAGAUUAUUGAGUCACAAGGCAAACGAGAAAAUAAUAUAUUACCUUCAGCGCUUUUCCAGUAUGAAUCUUCAUUAUUAUCAAUAACACAGAAAAACUCAGUGGAAUUAACUGUGAGCGAAGGUUCGGUUGUAAGUGGUUACUAUGACCGAGAUCUAAAUCACCAAAACGGUACAUCAUUAUUCGAUAUGUCUUUUACAAUUAUACAUGAUCAUCAUACGAGAAGUAACGAGUGUUUUCUGAAUUGUUCGUCCGAUAUAUUUAAACAUCAAGAUGAUGUCGAUUUACUAUCAAAGCGUUUCCAGCAUAUCCUUACGCAACUCUUUUGUUCUUCGAUUGUAGGCGAGCCAAUCUGUGAUCAAUAUAGUAUAUCUAUCAGCAAUUUAUCACUUAAUUUACCUGAAGAAAUCGGAGAAACACAAAAAGUAAUCUUUCACAGAUUACCGACUAUUGCAAAUGAAGCAUCAGCUUCCUAUGCUCAAGCUCGUAUAUGGCUUGACGAACGAAUUCGAUUCGAUCCAGACAAGCCACAGGUAGCAAUCUAUAAUAUGCCUUUUGUUUAUCGUCUGCAACCAGGUCAUACUUUAUCGAUUAAACAACUUUAUCAUGCACUUCACCUCAUUGUUAACAAACAUCCCUCACUUCAUACAUCACUUCGUUUCGACAUCCAAAAGAAUCUACUUAUGCAACGAGUUAUUACUCACGAAGAUAAAAACAACAAUAGUAAUAACAUAUUUUCAAUCAUCGAAACUACUUAUGAAACAGAUGCACAAUUGAAUGAGAUUUUACACGACGAGAAACGUAAUCCUCAUCUUUUUGAUCUUGCUCAAGGUCUUGUCUUUCGGUGUCAUAUUAUUUAUUACAAACAAAUACCUUCAGAUCAUAUUCUUUCUCGCAAAGAUCUACUUAUCUUCAACUUUCAUCAUGCUUUAUUUGACUUUCCAUCAACGAAAGUAUUUCAUCAUGAUCUCAAUCAAGCAUAUACAACAGGUCAAUUAUUAUAUGAUGACAACACUAAUCUUCGUUAUCUUGAUUAUGCUGUUAUUGAACAACAAAUGCCAAUGACUGGUGCAAGUAUGUUUUGGCUUGAUGCUCUUCAUAAUUGUAAACUCGAUCAGUCUUUAUCAUUACCAUAUGAUCGAUAUCGUCUCUCAAAUGAACAUCGAACUGGUCGUGGAACAUCUAUUUCUUUUAAUUUUGGUCAAGAUCUCUCACAUGACUUUCUUAUUCAUGCAUCAUUAAAUAAUAUAUCUCUGGAACAGCUUGCGCUUGUUAUUUAUUAUGUCUUUUUAUUCAAAUUAACGAAUGGAGAAACAGAUUUAUGCAUUGGAAUAAAUACAGAUGGUAGAUAUAGAGAUGAACUUAACUCUAUCAUUGGAAUGUUUGUGAAUGCUAUACCUUUGCGAUGUCAACUUGAUCCUCAUUUAUCAUUUGAUAAAAUCACUAAACACGUUCAAGAUAAUAUGAUAAACUGUAUUAAAUAUUCAUAUUUUCCUCUUCAACGUAUUCUCAAUCAACAUCCAAAUAUAUCAAAUCCUGUAUUUCUUGAUACAUCAUUUGACUUUGUAUCAUCUAUGACAAAAGAUGAGAAAGAUGAAAUAAUGAUUGGUGAUAGUCGACUUUCUUUAUUACCUUAUUCUAUUAAGAUUAGUGAAGAUGAAAUAAUGAGUAAAUUUGAUUUUAUUCUUAGUUUUCAACAUGAUCUGAAUCUAAAUGAACUCUCAUGUACCAUUAAUGCUUCACUUGAUUUAUUUACUGCUGAAACAAUUUGUAUAGUUGCACAAAGAUUACAGGCAAUGUUACAUCAACAAUUCAUAUCUUUUGACUGUACAGCAAACAAACCAGUCUAUGAAUUAUCAUU